GUACGAGUGCAGCAGGUUGCAGGAUCUAGGAAGAAAUAACAAGCGUUUGUGGAAACAAAUGUGGAAUUCUGCAUAAACUUUUGAGAGUUCGAAUUAAUUACCUUACCUAAAAUUCAAUCUGUGUAGUUUUUAUCCGAGAGGUGGAAAUACGUAACGAGCUGCAAGAUGUCUUUCGCCGACAUGGCCGUGAUGGAGACGUUUCGUCUUCUCGACAAGGUUCGAGCUGAGGGUCCAAAAGAACGUCCUGAAAGACCUAACAUAGAUUUUCCACAGGUCAAACCACACAAACCGAAUAAGCCAAAAGAAUCGAAGAACCAAAGAACCGAUCCUCUACGUAUCCUAGACCCUGGAAGGAAGAAACUUACAACAGUUGAAUCACAAAGAAUUUUGGCAGUAUUGGAUGAGAGCAUAAAAAAUGCUGAGGUUGUAAGCUUGCUACCUUACGCUUGUGAAAAUGUCAAUCGUUUCAGCGUCGUUCUUGGUAUUGAGACAGUUGUAACUAUACAGGAGCAUGAAAAGAUCCAGAGUGCAUUUAAAGAUGCUGCCCAAAAACUUAGCGAUUACAAAAAUAUGGACAAAGUCGAGUCUCGAAAAUCUACCCCAGCAGCAGAGUCUGAGAUAUUACAACCCACCACCAAUGAUGAUGAAGAUAAUUAUGAUGAAGUUCAGAUGAUCGAGAGCAGGAGACAAACUCCAUCUGAUAGAUUAGACAAAGUUGAUUCAAUUUCACUUAUUGAUGAGGAAGAAGUGCAGCUUUCAAAAAUGGUGAAUGUUCAAGCGCAGCAGUUGAAGUUUUCAUGCAGAAAUAUCCUGCGGUUGCUGAGCUUGAACCCAGCAGCAGUCAAUGCCCUGAGGUCAGAGAUCAAGGAGCGAGACCCAGAGUCUACUUCUAUGAUUGGAUACAUGAAGGAUCUGAGAUCAUUUAUUUUGGAAAGACUGCUUACCACGCCCUUGGAAGAGAAAGAGAAAACAGAUUAUCUCAGGGAGAUCACCAUCAGGGAGCAUAAGAAUUCUGAAGUCAUCAAGAAACUUUCUGCUGAGCUCCAGGAGGCAAUUGAAGAUAAAGACAUGAAGAUCUCAAAACAAAAUGAUGAAAUUCGUCGAUUAAAGGGCGACCUCCACCAGUUAGAGAAAUUCUCUGAGGAGCACAUCAGGAGAACCAAGUCAGAAGCUGACAAACAGCAACAGGCAGACUUCAAGAACUCUGAAGUCAAACAGACCAAGUUACACUCUGAUCUUCAGGGUCUACGUACCCAGCUGACCAAUCAGACAUCAGAGCACAGAGAGAGCGAGUUAGCUUUGAGAAAAAGAAAAUAUAUGAUUGAAACUGAAGUAGAAAACUGGAUCCAGAAAUAUGAUCAAGAUAUGGGUGAGAGACAGGCCGAGUUUGAAGACCUUGACGCGAUCUACACUGAGGAGAAAGCCCAACUCAACGAACUCGAAGAGAGAUUCAAGACCCUUGAGGAAGAAUACAAAAGAAUUGUUGAGGAGAGGCGCAUCGCGCAAGAAAAGAAGGAGCGAGAAGAGAGAGAAUUAGCGAUGAUGAUCAAGGCUUCAACAAUCAUCCAAGCAUUCUGGAGGUCUUAUAAAUGUAGGAAAGCUCUGAAGAACAAGGGAAAGAAGGGCAAAAAAGGAAAGAAAGGAAAGAAGGGAAAACGAUAAAUUAAUACAGAUUUCACAUUAUUUGUUACUCUUUUACUCUUGGUGCAUCAUUGUGGCUCUUCAAAUAAA